UGCUGCUUGUCUUCCCAAGCAGUAUCUCCUCCCUACUCUACCGUGGUGGGGUCUAGUGAAUCCAGGGGGAGAUCAGAUCCUAAGGGUAGAGUAGCCAGGUGAGCCCUAAAAGGUGGGGCGGGGCGGGGGUGCUCUGGGCCCCACCCCAGGAUCGGGUGACGCCGGGGCUGGAAUUUGACACCGGACGGCGGCAGGCAUGAGGCUGCUGAGGGAUGGAGUUGGGCCCGGCCCCCAGAUGCGGCCCACGGGCUCUGCCGGCAGCAGGUCCCUGGGGCCCCAGCCCUCGCUGAGUCCAGGACCCAGAGAGCUGCAUAUUCGGGCACAGACUGGCUGCCAAGGCCACGCUUUUGGCUAAAGAGGUGCUGCCAGGUGCACAGCCCUGGGCAUAUGUCUUUAGAGCUGCAGGGAGAGACCCAGCACUGAUCCCAGGACAGGUGCCUAGAAGAACAGAGCACAGGACCUCCAUGUCUGCAGACUUGGCAAAUGCUGCUCCCUGGUGGUCAUAAGAAGCCAUAGACCAGGCCCCAUGUUCCUCCUGAGCCCAUCAGUCUUCACCAUCUGCAAGUUCUUGUGAGACACAGAGAUGGAACCUGCACGAGGAGGCCCUUCUGCACUACCCCAUCAGCCUGGGCCUAGACGACAGCCGGCCCUGUGGCCGACCUUGGCCGCUCUGGCCCUGCUGAGCAGCGUCACCGAGUCGUCCCUGGGCCCCGCGCCCCGAAACCCGGUCACCCGCGAAGUCCCUGCGCUGGUCCUGGCGCCCCCCGCCGAACACCUGCCAGGGGGCCGCGCCGCCCGUCUGUGCGGGGGGAGAGCCCGGCGGCCGCCGCCCCCGCCGCCCCGGGCCGCGCCGCCCUCGCCCUCGCCCGCGCCCUCGCCCGCACCGUCCCGCGGGGACCGCAUCGCGCGCGCCAGGAGCCGAGGGAGGCGCGCGCGGGUCCCGGGGGCGCGGGGCUGCCGCCUCCGUUCGCAGCUGGUGCCAGUAAGCGCUCUCGGCCUGGGCCACAGCUCAGCUGAGCUGGUGCGCUUCCGCUUCUGCAGCGGCUCUUGCCGCCGCGCGCGCUCCCCGCAUGACCUCAGCCUGGCCAGCCUCCUGCAAUCCGGGGUCCUGCGGCCGCCCCCCGGCGCCCGGCCAGACACCCAGCCCUGCUGCCGCCCCACGCGCUACGAGGCCGUCUCCUUCAUGGACGUCAACAGCACCUGGAGGACUGUGGACCGGCUGUCCGCCACUGCUUGCGGCUGCCUGAGCUGAGGACCAGCUCCCAGGCUCACAGACUGGACCGCAUGGCAUCCUGCCUGGAAGGCGCCUGGUGUUUUGCCACAGAGGGAGGCCUCAGCCCUGGAGAGACAGAGGCAGGACUGACCAGUGGGCCUGCCAGGCCCUCACCCUUAGAGUGCAGACACUAAAGAGCUCCAAGAUGAAGACCUUAGGACCCACUUCUCAAACUCUGGGCACUAGCCAGGCAAAAGACUCCUCUGGACAAACCCAGCAUUGCCUGAGCUCUCAGUCUCUGCUUAGGCCCUGGGGGAGAAAAUUUGGAAGAGAUGCAUUGCAAUGUUAUCGCUGAAGUGCCUGUGCUGGAGCAGGCAGGCCUUGGACUCAGUCCUGGGAGCUGGAGCCCUAUUUAUUAUUUCUAAGUUAUUUAUUUA